AUGAAAAUUUCAAUUGGAAUUUUUAGAAUAGGUGAUGCCACUGCAUCCUCUUCUGCUGUUGUUGAUGAAGAAGAGGUAGUAGAUGUGGUUAAAGAUAUAGAUGAGGACGUUGAAAUGGAUGAUCUAGAACUUCCACCUAACGUUCGUCCUGUUGUAAUUCUUGGUGAAAGAGGAGACAACUUGAAACGCAUACAAGAUUCUACAAAUACUCAUAUGAUAUUUAAUAGUAAAACCUCGCAAAUUGAAAUGUGGGGAAAAAGAGACGAUUUAAAACAAGCUCUUAAGCAAUGGAAUAAUCUGGCAGAAAACAUACUUGAAAAUAUACUUGCGGCACUAACCGAGAAACAAAAACUUAAACAAAAACUUAAAAAAGAACGUGAAAAGGAGGAGAAAAGUUAUCGAGGAUUUCCUCCUGAACAUAAACCUUUCUAUGGAAUUUUUCUUCUUCCUAAUACUGACAUACCAACUUCAAUAAUUGUUGAUGAAAAUGAAAAAGGUGCAGCAUUAGAUCCAAUUCGUGUUAAGACUAAAUGUUAUAUAUGGAAUGAUAUUAAUGUAA